GUGGGAAUAUUUCCAGGGCUGCAGAGCUCCUGCCCAUGGCACAUGGGCAGCAGGUCCUGGCAGACACUUCACAACUGCUUGUUGUCACCAGAGACUUCAGAUAGGAACACAAGUCCAUGAGGCAGCUUUGGGUCCUAUGGAUGUAUAAAGGUUAAGUGCCAAGCGCCAAAAUGAGCGUGACUUCGUGGUUCUUGGUGAGCAGCACUGGCAUUCGCCAUCGGCUCCCUCGGGAGAUGAUAUUUGUUGGCAGAGAUGACUGCGAACUGAUGCUCCAGUCCCGCAGUGUGGAUAAGCAGCACGCUGUAAUCAACUAUGACAAGGAGAAGGAUGAGCACUGGGUGAAGGAUCUCGGGAGCUUAAAUGGAACGUUUGUCAAUGAUGUGAGGAUUCCUGACCAGAAGUACAUCACCCUGAAACUGAAUGAUGUAAUUCGCUUCGGCUAUGAUUCAAAUAUGUAUGUCCUGGAACAAAUUCAACACAAAGUCCCAGAAGAAGCAUUAAAGCAUGAGAAGUACACCAGCCAACUCCAGAUGAAUUACAAAGGCACGGCCAUGAAGAGGGCGGAGCAGCCCAUGGAGCACGGUGUCUACACUGAGUCCGCACAAGCAAAGCUGGAGAAAGGAGAGAGGAAAGCAAUUACAGAAACAAAUACUUACCGCACCCCUCUCUAUGGGCAACCCUCCUGGUGGGGAGAAGAUGAUGUAAAUAACAAGGAGGAGAGAAGGCAAGAGGAACAUUACUCAGAGAGAUCAAAAGAGAUAACCCAACAUGAAGAGGAACUGAAUGGGAAUAUUUCUACUUUUAGAGACGCCCAAGAACAAUCUGUGUUUGCCUUCCGGAGAGAGCCAAGUUAUUUUGAGAUCCCAACUAAAGAAUUUCAGCAGCCAUCAAAAUCUCCAGAGACACAGGUCCAUGAGAUCCCAACAAAGGAUGUUGAUGCUGUGGUAGCCCCUGUGGUACAGAGUCAUGCCUCUUUCACCAUUGAAUUUGAUGAUGGUACCCCUGGUAAAAUAAAGAUAAAAGACCAUGUAACUAAAUUUUCACUCAGACAGAGAAGACCCUACAGUAAGGAGCCAGCUCAUACAGAAGUGAUGUCAGCGGAGAGCAAAGUGGCUGACUGGCUUGUCCAGAAUGACCCAAGCCUGAUGAGAAGGCAGUCUGCAGGAGAUGAUGUUUACAGCACCAAGAGUGACCUGCCAGUUCAUGUAAGGACUCUUAAAGGUUCCUGGUCGUUGACUGAAUCGUGUUGUGUGCCUUCACACCCGUUUCCUUCUCCAAAAAAAGGCAACAGGCACGAGGACGGGACGCAGAGCGACACCGAAGACCCCAAGGCGGAGAAGGAGACAACGACGGGUGGGGAACGUCCGACAGAGCAGACGAGGCUGCAGCGCCAGAUGAGGCGUGACCCCCACGAGAUGCUGCAUAACAAGCAGGCCUUUGUCAUCGAGUUCUUCGAGGACACGCCGCGGAAGAAGCGGUCCCAGUCCUUCACGCACAGCGCUCAUUCAUCCCAGAGCGACGCGGAUCUGGGGCUGAAGAACAAGGUUGAAAAGCGCAAGAACGCGUUGCCGGCGGAGAAGCCGGGGAAUUCAGUGCCGCCAUCUCACCUCACAGCCCAGGCGGGCAAACCCACCAACAGCUCCUGCGGGACCCAAAGAACGAGCUCCUUCAAGAGGGAGAAGACGGAGGAUCGGAUCAACUCUUCAUCCUCCUCUGCUCCCAGAGCCAAAAGUUAUGGGAGCGUUGGGAGGAAGUCUAAAAUGGCUCAGGAUUUUAUGGCUGAGUACUUGCGUGAGACCGCUCAGUCUGGGAAGCCAAACGCCGAGAAACCAGCCCCUGUGCCCGUGCCGGUAGCUCCACGUGUGGUUAUAUCCUCGGAACCGGAGCCUGCCUCUACUCCCCCUCCGGAGGUGAAGUCUGCCCAGGGCAGGAGGAAUGAUGAGGAAGACAGCGUAAGUGAGACAGGCACAUACACCAUUGAGACGGAGUCACAGGACAAAGAGGUGGAGGAAGCGCGAAAAAUGAUAGAUCAGGUUUUUGGCGUUCUUGAAUCGCCUGAAUUUUCCAGAAUCUCUUCAGCCUUUCGACCAAUAAUCAAAGGUGAAAAAGAUGACUCCGGUUCUCAGCAUCUAAUCAGUGAAAAUGGCACUAGUCAGAAGUCACCCCUGCUCCAGGCAUUUUCCUCAAAAGCUGUGAAUGGGUCUCAGGCUGAAGCGCAGAUGUCUGCAGCAUCUCAAGGGAGUCAGAAGUGGGUGUCAAGGUGGGCAAGCCUUGCGGACAGUUACUCUGACACUGGAUCUGUCUCCGGGCAGGGUGAUGGAAGUGCAGAAAGCGGGGUACCCCCAAAACCUGGGGAACCAGAAAACUCUGUGCCCUCUAGAACAAGGCGCCUUCUGCCCCAACUCCCACCCAAUGAUAAAUCAGACAGCCCCACUCCCACGGUCCUGGUGUGCCAGGAGUCCUAUUCUGAGGUUACCAAGAGAACCAUCGUGAAGGACCACUGCGUGGAAGCCUGUGGCGAUUCCAGCAGCCGCCUCUUCAUCCAAGAAGACCUGGAUCCAGAUAGCCUCAGCGAUGCCAGCAGAUCUGACGAUGGCUUCAGCACGGAAAAAGGCAAGAAAUAUAAAGAGAACAGCAAAAUGCUAGAGCAGAUGAGGGAAGACAACAGAUCAGAGAGCCGGCAGCCGGGAGCUUCCCGGAUCUCUCACGUGAGAGCUGUGAGUGAGCCAGUUACUACUUCAUUCUACAUCGGUGAUGACAGCAAUGAUGCAGGGGUUCCCUCCAAGUUCUCUCUGAGCGUAUCCCAUGCUCGAGCAGACAAGGACAGCAAGGAUCCGGAGUUUUCCUUCAAGUGUUCUAGCACACCAGUUUCUGGAAAGCCACCGGUCAAAGAUGUUAGUGCGUAUAUAAACACGGCUGGAAAAGUUGUCAUUUCCCUUAAUCAGAGUCUUCCUCAAGAUCAAGAAAACAUGUCAGGAAAGGAAAUGACAUCUUUUGUUAGACAGGAAAGUUUUACCAAAGAUAAAUCAAGCAGCGGUGUUCCUCAAAAUAAACUCCCACAUAUUUCAAGUCACCCUCUGCUUAAAGAUUUAGAGGCUGUUCGGUCAACUCGUAUGGACUUUAGUCAGGACACUCAUCUUCUGCUUAAGGACACUGAAACUGCCUUGGCAGCACUGGAAGCCAAAUUGCUUGGUCAAAGCCAACAGCUGGAGCCCUCAGAAACUGCUGGUCAGCUGGAGGACUCCUUGUCAGGGGACUCAGAUGUAGACACGGCCAGCACAGUCAGCUUGGUGAGUGGCAAAAAUGUCCCAGCAAGUGCCCCGAAACGCAAAGCAGUCGCGGGCUUGCAGAAGGAGAAAUCUUCCUCCACACCAUCCAUCCAGGACCAGUGUGGGCAGCCCAGCGCUCGGGACAGGCUGACGGAGAAGCGGAAAACACAAGCACCAGAGGCGCCAAACCGAGCAGAGGCUGCCAAACGCUUCCAGAUGAAGCGCAGCGCUGGGACUCGAGGGUCACUUGACUUCACGGAUGACGAGAGAAGUUCAAACUCACCCUACCUGCCAGUCCCAGAUGCGGUUGUGUCUGACCACGAGCACUCGGUAACCCGGCCUGUUCCCAGGAGGAAACCUUACACUCAGGCCACCAAGGAGGACCAGAGCAAAACGACCUCGAAUGUGCAGAAAAUCCAGCAGGUUCUCACCCGGUCCAACAGUUUAUCCACCCCACGACCCACAAGGGCCUCGAAGCUACGCCGUGCCCGGCUGGGAGACGCUUCGGACAACGAAUGCGUGGACGCUGAGAAAACAGCCUCCAACACGGACGCCACUGCUCAGGGCACCAAGCAGCCCGCAGAGACAAAGAAACUCUCUCGGCUGGACAUCCUGGCCAUGCCCAGGAAACGGGCAGGUUCAUUUACAGUGCCCAGUGACUCGGAGACGGCGCAGUCGAGGACGGGGUUUUCGGGCCGAAGUGCGGAGUCCUAUCGGAAGACGGGCGUUUCGGAGGUGAGAGCUGCAGCCAGGAAAACAGCAGCCGCUGCCUCUGCUAAGCAGCCUUUCAGCAGGAACCGUUCAAGCAGUGUCAAGUAUUCCUCCUCAUCAUCCUCAUCAAGGCGGAGACCGCAGGGUUCAGAUUACACUUCUACUUCGGAGGAGGAAUAUGGCUCAAAUCACAGCUCCCCUAAACACAAACGCUCCCAUACUUCAACAGCCACACAAACACCGAGAAUACGUGGCUCUGGGCUGGGCAAGCAGAAGCACAACGGCAGAGAAACGGAUGAUGAUGAAGAUUUUGAUGACAACCCUGACCCCUACAACUUCAUGGCGCAAACAGCAGAGAUAGCAGAGAUAGCCAGGCUCAGCCAGACCUUGGUGAAGGAUGUGGCCAUCCUUGCUCGAGAGAUUCACGAUGUUGCUGGAGAUGGGGACUCACAGGGUUCCUCAGGGACGGGGCCAAGCACCUCCCUCAGCUCUGUGCCCAACACUCCAGCUUCCACCAUAUCUGCAAGAGAAGAGAUUGCUCGUAGAUCUUUUCGGCUGGCAUAUCCAUCUCAGUUGGUGCAGCACAUUCCAGAAGCAAGUCUGAACUACCAGAAAGUGCCUCCGGGAUCAGUGGAGCUGAAGGAUUUUGACCAAAAUAUGAAUGAUAAUAGAGAAGAGGAUCCCUCAAGAAAAACAAGGACAAGAAACCGUGAGGAGGUAAUCUUCGACAAUCUGAUGUUGAACCCAGUGUCCCAGUUAUCGCAUACAAUCCGUGAAAAUACGGAAAACCUUGCUGAAAAAAUGAAGAUUCUGUUUCAAAACUCAGAAAGGACCUGGGAGGAGAUGGAGGCCAAAAUCAAUUCAGAAAAUGAAGUGCCAAUUCUGAAGACAUCAAACAAAGAAAUCAGUUCUAUCUUGAAGGAGCUCAGGCGGGUUCAAAAACAGCUUGAAGUCAUAAACGCUAUCAUUGACCCUACUGGAAACUUGGAUAUAGUUGCCAGUAACAAAGCAUCUUCUGCUGCUAAACAAUCUACAGCCACUAAAGUCAGGACUGCUAACAAUUCUGGGUCCACACUGGAGACUUUGUCCCUAGCACAGAUGAGAAACUACACUCAGAAAUCGAACUGUGGGUCUUCUAGCUUACAAGAUUCAAAUUUCAUUCCAGAUGGAGAGAAAUAUGUGAUCUGAUACAAUAUUUUGUAUUGCUGUUAUACUGUAAUCUACCGUCGCAUUAGUAUUGUGUAUGAGUGGUUUGUGGACAGUUUGUGUGGAGCAGUUGUUUAGAUUGCUAACAUGUUGCACAAAAAAGAAAAAUCUAUGCUGUGAGGGUGAAUGGAAAGUCUGUGUAUGCCUUUUCAACAAGACUAGCACUGUGGAGCAGCACAUAUUCAGCAUAGAGGCAAACUGAUUUUUACAAAAUUACUCACUUAUUCUUCCAGCGUGCCAUAAGAAAACAGGCUCUGCAUAUUUUCCAUUCAAUACUGCUGAGGCUAAAGUGUUCUUGCAUUGGCCUGUUUAUGACUAUUCAGUUGCAAUGAGGCUCAAUUUGAAAAAAACCAAAAAAACAAACUCACACAUUUUGGUACUAUAUUUAUUUGAUUGAAUUUUUUUGAAGUGUUCAAGUGAGGCAUUACAACUCUGUUGGAAUCAACCUGCAAAUCCAACAGAACAAUUGUGCAAUACCAUGGGUUUCUGAGAGAAACCCUUACUGCAGUUGUGUAGGAUUUCCUUUCAGCAGUCAUAAAAAGACAACCACACUGAAGUUGUGCAUCUGUUUUUCAGUCCAAAAACCAAAACAAGACAGAAUAAACCCUUUUGGUUUGUUUUUUUUUUUUUUCUCUUGGGAAAGUAUAAAAGUUAAUAAAGGUAUGAAUGUAAAGACUACUGAUACAGCUACUAUUUUUCAUGAUAUUUCAGACCCAAAGUUUGGGAUAGGUACAAAAAAUUAGAUUUUACAAUUUGGCUUGCCAAAUUUUCAUGGUUUUGGUACAAAUGCUGUCUUUAAGCUGCUUUUCUUUUUUAAUUUAAAUAUACAGCCUUUUCAUAAUGAGCUACAAAUGCUCUUGGCUGGGCCAAAGACUAAGAUGUUUGCAAUUACCCAAUUGCAAAGACAACCAUCUGUUCCAGUGGCUCAUGGAAUAAACUUAAUUACACAGUUGGUGUGAACUAGUGCAAUCACUUGACAGCACUGGAAAAAUAAUGGCUUCAAUGUAGCUCCACCUUUAUGGCUAGUUCUGUUAUGAAUUUUUUUUUCAAUGCAAAAGUGCUUGCAAAGGCCGCCAUUGUGGUGUUCCUCAGAAACUAUUCAACAGUGUCAAGCACUUGGUACGUUUGGGAUUUUUGUCCCUGGAUUUAAUUUUUGGUCCGUUACAAUCCUAGAAACACUAAGGUUGUGUACAGUUGUUUGAGCAAUUUCUUAUUUAACAAAAGUUGGGGUGGAUAUUCUGUCUUUUUGUUUAACUGCAAAACACUAAGCAAUUUUUGUUGCUUUAAGAGCAAAAAUUUUGGUUUUGAGGAGAUCUCUUCCAGAUGUGUUUGCUCCCAGUUUUUUCUGUCUUGGAUCGAUUCCUUUUUCAUUCUUCCAGGUCAACAAAUAGUAAUCAGGUAAAGAAAUUCUUUUGUAGCUGUGGAGGAUACAUUUACUGGGAAAGGUGAGCAGAUGAGUUCCACUUUGCCCUCAUACAGUAUGUAGUUUAACCAGUGAAAAUGGUUUCCCAAGCUUGACUGCUUCUUGUGUGCUGACUAUAUUUUGGGGUGAGUAGUGGAUUCCUUAGUUAGCUUCAGUAGUUACCUGAGCUUUUCUGCUAGGAUGUUGUAACAGUGGGAACCUGUUAAAAUAAUUUAAAUAAAUAGGGAUGCUCACAAAGUGUUUAACCUUACUAGUGAAGAAGGUGAUUGCUUUCCUGGUGAAGCCAGUGAGAGCUUUCCAUCAGUUUCAGCAGAGACAAGAUCGGUCCCAAAAUGGGAGUACGUCAACACGCCAUUAGUUUAUUUUUGAGCCUGCAAGAUGCUGGCUGGUAAAUAGUAGGUGCAGAUAUCCUUCCGAGAUUUCCAGUAGGCUAUAAGCUCAUCUGCUUGUGUGGAGAUGCCCUUCCAUGAAGAAAUUUGCUGGAUUUCACGUAGAUGAAUGCAGAAUAAAACAAAUUUGCCCUUGAUGUUGUUCUGCCUGUAAUAUAUGCACUAUCUGAAUGUGUUAACUCAGUCGUUGAUUCUGAUCUGUCUUUUCUUGAAAUACCUGACUCUGUCCUUGGUGAAUAUCAUAAGUGGUGGUAUCGUUCCUGACAUACGAGACACAAUUUUCAAGCCCUUCUUAGUUAGGGUUUGAACUGACCAGGUGCUACCCCAACUCACUAGGAGUUGAAGGACCUUCACAGAUAAGGUGUUGUUGUUAGUUUCAGUUUUGCUGUAGAGACAAGUGAAUUACUAAGAUGUACAUCUGACUUCCCUGAUUAUUUCUUAUUUCAACAUUUUCAUGGCUAUACACAAGUGGAUUCUGUUUUUCUGCAGUGUGUCUUUGAUGGACUUCUGUUUACUUUCACUUGAAAAUUGCUUGAUUCUUCUUUGAUUCUUGAACACAUCAGGGAGGGAUUUUCUCCCUUUGUUGCUCUGUCCUGGACUUGAGAGCGAGCCCACAGACACCUUGCAUCAGUUAAAUCAACCUGCAAAAUACGGUACCUCUUCAAGUGACUAACGAGGAUGCAACAAUCAGUGUCUCUUGAUAAUUUGGAAAUGAGUGUGUGAAGGCAGGGAGGAUGCACAGCUUGAUUUGUUUUAUUUGUGGCUCAGCAGAACUGUAAAAUGCUUCUGUGUCCUGACACAAUGCUCAUUCUUAGAUCUUUGCAUUUGAAAAGGUUUUGCUAGUCAACGAUGAAACGCAACGUAUUUUUUCUUGUGUUCACUGCUUCUGAAGUACUGUGGUUUGCACUUGUCUGCUCCAGAUAAGCCAAAGAGCUAUCCACUCCUAUCCACUCCUUUGCUGAUUGUUGGUUCUUACAAGUGGUACUGUAUGCAGCCAUGGAAACAUGCCUGUGUGACUCCAGUGUGAACCUGACCCAUGUGUAGUGGUGUAUUUGGGGGGCCCAGGAUCAGUGCUCGAGAUUCCUGCUGGCUUCCAUGAGCUGUGGAUGGGCCCUGCAUUGAGCUUGGCAGGGGUGACACUGCCCUGUGUGUCACUCCCGUGCCACCUUGCUUUCAUGUGUUUUGUGUCUGACUAAAGCAAUGUAACGAAGGGCGGGAUUUUCCAAGUUGUGGGGAAGCUCAGGCCCUUUUGGGUUUUCCAUAUGCCUUGGGUUCCUGAUGCCCUGAGCACCUUCCAAAAUCCCAGCCCUCAGCUCUUCCACUAUACUUGAAAACUUUUGAGUUCGACGCUUUCAAAUGUAAAAUCCCGUUAUUCUCUUCUGAUGGCGUGAAUGUAAAUUCCUGUGAGGGUGUGUAGGAGCUUUGGGAGCGAGGACCCAGCUGGAUCCAUGGCAGUAUCAUGUUGUGGUCAUGCUCCAGGAAGAAAGAACGUCUGCAGCAUCUUUUGAGUAUUUUAGUAAAGGUACAAUUAGUGGAAUGUUUACAUACAGCCUACUGACAAAAAAGGAGACAAAAAAAAAGAAUAAAAAGUGUAAAGUAUUUAAGUGCAAGACUCUACUAGUUUUCUCUUGUUUUGCAGAUCACACUAGCUAUUUUUGAAGUUGGUAAAUGUGCAUAACUUUUGCAAAGACCAGACAGAACUACCUGUUCACUUUCAAUGUGCCCCGUGCUGAAUUGUGCCUAUUUCACUCUCUGCUGUUGUUAUGCUGCUGAUUCUGCUGAUUCUGAACUGUUCACUGGAUCAUUCCAUUUGCAUGCAACACAAAUGCAAGCUGAGCUGUCUGAGAGUAAAGCUGAAACACGUUUGUAUAACUUGAAUUGAUUAAUGACUUUCUCUUUUCCACGCCCUCUUGAAAUGCUGUGUAUAAUUUUGAUUUGUUUCUUCUGCCCUGAUUUCUUUCCACUUUUGGUUUGUUGUUUUUUUUUUGUUUUGUUUUGUUUUUUUGAACAAUAAUUUAUUUUUGUUUGGAUUAUAGGCAGUAUCUGUACAUUUUGUUUCAAGGUGAUAUUGUGGAUGUCUUUAAAAAACCAAAUUGUUAUUUUAUAUAAUUUUAUCAUAAAGUUGCUCUAAUAAAUCAUUCUUUUAUCAUGUGA